GUUCAAAUCUCACCCCAGAACCUAAAUCGAACUCUCAAAACAAAACUGUUCAAUUUUUCACAAAUUAAAAAAUUAAUUAUCUUUUAGUUAUUUUUUCGAUAAAUUUCGUAAUUAAGUUUUUUUGUCUGGUAAUUACUAAUUACCUAAUUGUUUGGUUACGUUAACUAAUCAACAUACGACGACUCCUUUACCAUGUCGUCCCACCAAGUGACACCCGCCUUAUCGGAACUAAUUCGGAUGAAGGAUGCCGUUCCGGAUCCGGCGGAAGUGGGAGGUUCCGCCGUCGGGCGGUCGAGGGAGGAUUGGAAGAAGGAAAAGGAACUGGAAGAAGCCAGAAAAGCCGGAACCGCCCCCGCUGCCGUUGACGAGACAGGGAAAGAUAUUAAUCCCCACAUUCCGCAGUAUAUUUCCGCCGCGCCGUGGUAUUAUGGCGCAGCAGGACCAACUCUACGCCAUCAGCGCGUCCAGGAAGAAGGCCAAAAGCAAUAUUCUAGUUUGGACGAGUGGUAUAAACGUGGUGUUGAUACGACCAAGAUCGCCACCAAGUUUCGAAAAGGCGCAUGCGAGAACUGCGGCGCAAUGACGCACAAGAAAAAGGAUUGUUUAGAACGGCCGAGGAAAGUUUUGGCGAAAUAUUCUGGGGUGGAAAUCGCCCCCGAUGAGCAUUCCCAACCCAACCUGGCGCUAGACUUUGAUGGGAAGAGGGAUCGUUGGAAUGGGUACGACCCCACCGAACAUUUAGUCAUUGUCGACGAGUUUCAAAAGGUCGAAGAAGCGAAACGUUUACUAAAAGCGGAAAAGCUCAAGAGUGGAAUUGAGGGCGAAUUGCCGGACAACAUGGUGAUGGACGAAGACGGACCGGAAGAAGACGAGGACAAAUACGUCGACGAUAUUGACAUGCCCGGAACCAAGAUGGACUCCAAGGAGCGAAUUACUGUCAGAAAUCUCAGAAUUCGUGAAGACACGGCCAAAUAUUUGAGAAAUCUGGAUCCAAAUUCGGCUUAUUAUGAUCCCAAGACCAGAUCUAUGAGGGACAAUCCGUACAAAAAGACUAACCUGGGAGACGAAGACAUGGAUUUCGUCGGUGAGAACUUUAUCCGUUUUACUGGCGACACGAAUAAGCACGCAAAGGCGCAGCUCUUCGCGUGGGAGGCGCAAGAACGCGGCGUGGACGUUCACCUGCUCGCAGAACCCACGAAGUUAGAAAUCCUUAAGAAAGAGUUUGAGAAAAAGAAGGACGAGUUCAAGGGCUCGCUCACGAGAAACAUUAUCGACAAAUAUGGCGGUGAAGAGCAUCUCAACGCGCCGCCAAAAUCACUCCUCAUGGCGCAAACGGAAGAUUACAUCGAGUACUCGAGACAAGGAAAGAUCAUUAAGGGAGGAGAACGUGCCGUAAUCCGAUCUAAAUAUGAGGAAGACAUUUACCCAAAUAAUCACUCGUCCAUUUUCGGGUCGUACUGGAGAGCGGGCGCGUGGGGGUAUCAGUGUUGUCAUGCUCUUAUCCAGAAUUCAUACUGCACUGGAGAAGCCGGUCGCGAAGCGAACGACGAAACAGCCCCACCUGACGUCUCCGAAUUCCCAAAAUCCCUCUCUUCCAGCAACGCCGAACCCAAAACGCUUGUCGAAAUCCACCAACAAUUAAAGCUAAAAGCGUUACAAGAACUUGAACAAGAACAGAGCAAGAGUAAAAACGACGACGAAUCAGCCUCUUCAUCCGACUCUGACGAUUCCGACUCCAAAAACAAUAAACAAACCUCCUCCUCCUCAAAAACCAACAAAAACCAAAAGAAGAAUGCGAAACGGAGAGAGAAGAAGAAAACCCGGGCGUCUAAGAAAAAACCGGGUAGCAGUAAAAAUAAAAAGAAGCACGAUUCCGAUUCUUCUUCAUCAGAUUCUUCAAGUUCUUCGUCUGAUUCGUCUGAUUCCGAGGAGGACGAAUCCGCCAAGAAAAAGAAAGAGUUGGCGAAAGCGUUGGAAAUCGAGCAGCGGCGCAAAGGGGAAGAAAUGGACGACCGGAAGCGGAAAUAUAAUUCCAUGUAUGACGCCAAGGCACCCACGGAGAUGGAAAUGGAGGCAUUUCUGCUCACACGGAGUCGAGAAGAGGAUCCCAUGCUGGGAUUUAUUGAGGAUAAGAAGAGGAAGAAGAAGUAGGAAUUGUGUUAUAUAUAUCGUGUCGAAUUUGUCGCCAAGAUGUCAGAUUUUGUCUUAUGUAUUGCAUAAUCUUGACGUUAUUGUGUAUAAAGUUUUUGUAGGAUUAGAAUUUUCAGACUAAUAAAAACCAUCUUGUUUUUGAUUAAAUUUUCAAAAAAAA